GCGCGGAUCGUGGGUGACAGAGUCCCAAAGUGGGUCCUCGAGGCGAUCGGAAAGCUGGUGGCAGAAAUGGAGAGCUUCCUGCCUCAGCCUUUCACGGAGGAGAUUCGCGGCAUGAGCGACUUCCUGAACCUCAGUCUGGCUGAUGGCCUCCUCAUCAACCUGGCCUAUGAGUCCUCUGCAUUUUGCACCAGUAUUGUGGCCCAAGACACCAGAGGCCACAUUUAUCACGGUCGGAAUCUGGACUACUCUUUUGGAGAUCUCUUACGCAAGCUGACAGUGGAUGUGCAGUUCUUAAAGAAUGAGCAGAUUGCAUUCACGGGAACCACUUUUAUUGGCUACGUAGGAUUGUGGACCGGCCAGAGCCCAAACAAGUUCACAGUGUCUGGCGAUGAACGAGAUAAAGGCUGGUGGUGGGAGAAUGUGAUCGCGGCCCUUUCCCAGGGCCACUCUCCUGUCAGCUGGCUCAUCCGCACAACCCUGAGUGAGUCAGAAGACUUUGAAGCAUCUGUUUAUAAAUUGGCCAAGACUCCCCUUAUUGCUGAUGUUUACUACAUCGUUGGUGGCACAUCCCCUGGGGAGGGAGUGGUCAUCACCAGGAACAGAGGCGGCCCAGCAGACAUUUGGCCUCUAGAUCCUUUGAAUGGAGCGUGGUUCCGAGUUGAGACAAAUUAUGACCACUGGAAGCCAGUGCCUAAGACAGAUGACCGAAGAACACCUGCCAUCAAAGCUCUAAAUGCCACAGGGCAGGCAAACCUGAGUCUGGAGGUACUUUUCCAGGUUUUAUCAGUGUUUCCAGUUUAUAACAAUUUCACAGUUUAUACCACUGUAAUGAGUGCAGCCACCCCGGACAAGUACAUGACUAGGAUCAGAAGUCUGAGCUGAAGUGCUGGUGAGCCCAGAGUGCGGGGCAGGCCAUCGGAA